AUGGCUACUUUAACAACAUCCGCUAUCGAUGCUGGCCAUCUUGAUUCAUACCAUGGGAGUGCUUCAGAAAGCACCCGAAGAUUAACUUUACAAGAUUUAUUAUUAACUGAACCUGUACAACGAUCUGGAAGUAACCAUUCUUCACCUAUUAGUUGCAGUAGAACUCCUUCACCUACUGAACCUACAAACUCAACAAUGUUGCAAUAUCAUCAUAAUCGUCAUACGAGUCCUCCAUUGGGAUCACAUCAUGUUAGUGGUUAUACUCAUCAACUUCCACUUCCAAUUUCGCAACAACGUCCACAACAAUGUCAACCAAUUUCACAACAAUGUAUGAGAAUUUCUUCUCUCUACAAACCUCCCAAUCCUGCUAUGGAAGUCGAUUCUUAUAAACUUACAUUACCAACUCCUUUAACAUCACCUAACCCAGGUCCAACAAUUCCUCGAGUUCAAUCAUUUCAUGGAUAUCCAUCAACACCUUCUUCACCUACACCUAUUACACCAAUUCAAUUAGAUGAUCAAAAUUCUUAUAUGCAAACUUUAGCAACAUCAGGAACUGUUACACCACUUUCACUUUCAGAACGUCGCGAGAGAAAUAAAGUAGCAUCAGCAAAAUAUCGCGCAAAAAAACAUAAACAAAAUCAAGAAAUGAGUUCACAAAUUAAUGAAUUAAUUGCGGAAAAUAAUGUAUUAACAAGACAAUUAGAAGAAAUGAGAGCAGAGAAUAAUGAAUUAAAAGAAUUAGUUGAUAAACUUAAAAGUAAAUUAGUUGAAGGUAAAAUAUUGAAAAGAUUAGGACAAGGACUUACAUCACUUACUACAACCGUAAGAAAGGGUACAAGACGAAAUGGAUAUAGUGGUCAUGCAAAAGGGACCGAAGCUACAACAAAAAAUUCCAGAAAAUAG